AGCAGUGCCCACACCGGUCAGUCAGUCGUCGUCACACCAUCUCGCUCGAUCGUGAAAUUAUUUUUUACAGCGACACGUAACUCACUCGUGUGCGCCGUCAUUGUAGUGUGUACUGUUGUACGAUGAUCACAUAGUUAUAUCAACACCGCAUACCUACGUUUUAAAAUAUUAUUUUCAUUUAAAUCGUUUGGCGUUCCGUAUAGUAAAAAAACGCGUUUCUCGUCGUGGACUGUACUACUAUUAUCGCGUACGUCUUAUAUUGUUCAUCGUAAUCCGCAGUUUGGUCUUAUACAGCAUUUCGUCUGUAUACCACGAUUCUCAUACCGAUGGAUACCUAACCUUCGGUGAUGCUUGAACUCGUCGUGUAUAAAUAUUAUUAACACUUUCGGCUAGCUCGAGUCCGCCGCCGCUCCACCACGAUGGCCGUGCUGGUCAGACUUCGAGACACCGUGGUGUCCAUAUCGGCGGCCGAUUCGCUGAAAAUGUUCGCACUCUCCGUGGUCUGGGGCUCGUGGAUCGUCGUCAAGAAGGCGGCCGCCAGGGCCUUCAGCCCGCUGUGGUCGGAAGCCGGCGGUGGCCACGGGAACAGCAAAGACGCGGCCGCCGGUGCCGGUGGCAAGGCCGUCCACCGGGCGCCCAUCAGGGACCGUCCGCCGCCGUGUCUGUCCACUACGGUUUACGGUACCCACUCGUACGUCAAAGUCAAGGGUGUUAAAUUGCAUUACGUUGAAUGUGGUGACCCCGAUGGAACGGUUGUUCUUUUGCUACACGGAUUCCCAUCUUGUUGGAUUAGUUGGCAUCAUCAAAUACCCACUUUGUCAAAACAUUUUCGUGUGAUUGCAGUAGAUCUUAAGGGUUUUGGCGAUUCCGAUAAACCUUCAGCACGCAAAAGUUAUCGAGUUGAAAAUCUGGUCAACGAGCUAGCCGUGUUUUUGUCAAUGCUUGGAGUGGACGGCCGUAAUAAAUGUCACGUAAUCGGCCAUGACUUGGGCGCUCUAUUGGGCUGGUAUCUGGUACAUCUGUGGCCCAAGUUCGUAUCGAAAUUUGUAGCCAUUUCAUGUCCUCAUCCCAAUGUUCACUGGGAGUACUUACCUUCGUCGAGUUUCUUUAACAAAAAUUGGAUUUGCUUCAGUCAACUUCCUUAUCUACCGGAAAUGGACGCUUUGGAAAGUGAUUUAAAAAUAAUCAACCAGUGUUAUCAACACCUAUCUAAAAAUAAGAAAAGUGAUGACUUAUCUUACAUCGAAGCAUAUAAAUAUACGUUUUCAAGAACAGAGGAUUGGACGGGUGCUAUAAAUUAUUUUAGAAACUUACCAUUCUACAGAAUCGAGCCUCGGAGUAAUAAUGAUUCUUUGAAUAAAGAAGAAGACAUGCUUCAAGUUCCGUGUCUGCUCAUCAUCGGUAGCAAAGAUGUCAGUGUGCAAAUGGAGAGUUUUAUCAGAUCCACAGAAUUUCUAAGAACAUCUACUGUAAGAAUAAUUGAUAACGCAUCGCACUUUCCCCAUCAAGAGCAACCUAAAGCAGUCAAUGAUCUAUUGACAUCAUAUUUAGUUCGUGUAAAAGUAGUUCAAAAAAUGCUGCAACCACAGAACUGUGGUGGUUUAGUUGGAAGAAUGAAGGAUAUCGUUUCAUCAACUGUUCAAUAUGGAACUACGUUAAAAGAUUCAAUGCAAAGAAACAUUUCACCAAUCUCGGCCAACACAUCGUAGCGAAACUAAUAUUUUUAUUAAUUUACAAAACAGUGUUUUUAUUGAUGGUAGGCAUUUAUAUUGUAUCAAAAUAAUAUUAACAAUGAGAGAAAUGUUAUCAUCCAUAACACGUUUAUUAAUACAAUUGUUUACUUAAAAUAUCUUUUAAAAAUACUUAAAAAAUUAAUUGGUACUGUGAGCUCGAAUAUUAUAUAUUUAUCUACAUAUACAUUCGUUCAUAACACGUGUACCUAGGAAGUUAAUUAUGUAUAGUUUUAUCCAAUGCUCUAGCCAGGGGGGCUUUGCCCCUUGAAAUAUCCAACUUAUUGUACCCGGUAAUACCUUUGCCCUAGCAAUACAAUUUUGAAGCCCUUCCUCCUCCGCCACCGAAAAAAAUCCUGGCUUCGGUACUGGUUUUAUCUAUAGUGUUAUUAUUGUGAAUUAUUAAUAAGAUAAAUUAAAAUUAAUAUAAAUUAUAAUAUUAUAAUCGUAUAUUGUUAUGCAACCCGAUUGAGCAUAAUUAAACGUUUAUAAUACAUAAUCUGAUAAACGAUAGUAGGAAAUAUAACCUACGAAUGAACAAAUGUUCCCUUUGGUAAAGAAAUGCCUAAAUUAUUUUAUAAAUGUACUUAAUUACAAAUGUGAAUGUUUUUAAAUUGGAAUGUAAAGUGUAGUCUGUAUAUAACUAUAAUUUAUAAUUUUAAUUAAAUUUAUUAUUAGAUAUCUAUUGAAUUUACUAUAUUGCAUAGGUUAGUACACCUACUUAUGAAAUGUGAAUGACGAACCAUUUUUUUUAUAUUUGUAAUACAACGUGUUAUAAUUAUUAUUUAUCUAUUAAUCAUAUAACUGCAUAUAGUCAUUGAUUGGUAGGUACUUUGAAACCAAAUCUCAGGCAUUAUUCCUUUAUGGGACUUCGAAUAUUUGGCAGGCGGGAAAUGUCCAUUCCCUCAAUCCACCUAUGUAUUUAAUUGAAUACUAUUAAAGGGAUCAUGUGGCGGACAGUUUUUUUUACACACAGUCACACACACUAAUGAUCACUUACUAGUUAUUACGCACACAUUUACAAGACCCGCUGCGUGCAAUUAGAAAAUUGCCUAUUUCGAUCCUCUUAAGAGGACCACAUGUUUUGUCUCAGUCUUACAAGUAUAUAUCAUGGCACAUUGUACGGUCUGAAUAAGAAAUUUAACUCCGCUAUGUUUAAUCUCGGAUUGAAUUGACCAAUCAUCAAAUUUAGUAGUAAGAAUAUUAUCUAGUCGAUGACAUAGGUUUUUCUUUGUACUUGUAAUUUUAAAACGAGUUAUGAGCAUUUUAAGAUGUGCAAACAAUUUACUGUUUUAGCAUUUACUAUUUGCAAAUGGACAUUUGGUUCAGUAUAGGGGUUGUAUGUUCCAGUAUAGGCAAUAUUAUAGGAUUUUACGAUUGGGUCGUACAAGUGUGUGCGUAGUAAAUUAUCAUUAGCUUGUGUAUAAUCCCCACCAAUCGACCUACAUAAUAAGCACCCUCAUGUACAUUUCAUUUCAUCUUUAUUCAUUAGAUAAAAAAAUAUUCAAAACCUAUUUAUGAAUGUGAAAUAGCCUAACGUCUGUCAAACAUAAUUACUUCCAAUAGUUCGAUUUCAAAAAUUUAAAGAUAUUUGAAUGCAUUAGCAAGUUUACUUUGCAUCGUUCAGAGCACUUUUUCAAGUUCAACAAAAUUUUGACGAGAAUAAAUAUUUUACGGUUACAAUUCAUUGAUGUUUGAUUUAAUUAUUUAUCAUAAUUUUUUCUUAGAAUUA